CAAUUUAACCCCGGAAACGCCGGUAAAGUUCUUCAGAGGGAAGCGUCAAAAUAUAUAAACAAGAGUGGAAGUCACAAAGCCUUUUCAGUUGUAUGGAGGAAACAUUGCUACCGUACUUUGUGUGCAGUCGCAAGAUAUUUGUUAUAAACAAACGCAUAGAACUCGAAGAUUAUGAUGGUGAGCUUGGGAGCAAGGACGAGAACUUCUUUAUUGGGGACUUAAAUAGUUCAGAAGGAGAGGAAGAGAUCAACUUGAGUCACCUGAAGCUUCACAGCAUCGGUAAGCGGGCAGCGCGGCUCGGCAGGGAAACCUCUCCUCCGCUCCUCCUGACAUACAACAUCACCUCUGGACGGGCGCUCGGCAACCAGAGUCCUACCUCCACUUCAGACUCCCUCCAUGAGGAGGAGGAGGAGGAGGAGGAGGAGGAUGAAAGUGACCAUCCCAUUGAGAAGUGGAUGCUCCUUGGAGGAGAGGAGCAGGUGGGAGACUCAAGCAUCCAGCUCAACCUGAGCUACAACAACUGCUCCGAGGAGGAAGAUCAGACUGUGAAGGAGACCUGGGCUGUAUCAGACAAAGACAAGCCUGGUGCUGAUCAUUCUCUGCCCAGGCGCUAUUUCACGGCUGAUCGCUCUCUGUUCUGUAACAUUUGCAAUAAGACGGGACAUCUUGCUAAAAGCUGCUACAGCCAAAAGCAGAAGUGUACCACCUGUGUUCUCUGUGGGAUCCAGGGCCACGUCCAGAGGCACUGUGGGGGCCGCCCAUGUCCCAGCUGUGGACUGCCGUCACAUGGUCGCAGGCCCUGUGAGAGGCCGCAGGUGUGGAACCAACACUGCCAGCGCUGUGGGAUGCCGGGUCACCUCUCUGAUACCUGCCCUGAUACAUGGAGACAAUACCACUUGACAAUCGGUUUAGAGCUUCCAGUCAGACCAUGGACAGAUCAUAUCCUCAAAAAUAAGAAAUUCUCUGCUCAUUGUUACAACUGUUCAAAGAGGGGACACCAUGGUUAUGAGUGCACUAAAACAAGGAUGGUGAGUGGGACUUUUGCCCUACUGCCAUACGUCUGCCACUACGACACCAUCGAUGACGUCCUCCAAUGUUGCUCCAGGAAGCAGAAAAGAGCAAAAGAGCUCUUGAGUGCUGGACCCCUGCGGUCAGACCAGCAGCACUUGUCUGAAGCAACAGGCGGAUGUUGGGAGGGGAUUCAGCCUGUCCAGGGGAGGAGCAGGAUGCAUCAGGAGACAUUUGGCCGGGCUAGCAGGAGGAAGAAGUGGCCGGAGACGCGCAGAGAGAGACAGGAGUUGAAGAGGCUUAGAAAAGAUGCUCAAGCCAGGCGAGAAGGAGGAUUACUGAACAGGUCCGGGAGGUACUUUGAUGAUAAAGUUUCCCCUGCAGACCUCCCCCGUCACAAGCAGUACACACCGCCUCCAAAGAAGAAGAAUGAGGCAGGUGGCAAAAGCAGAAAGAGCAGAGAAGCUGAGAGGUGGAAGAAGAGAGGAGGGCUAAAACGUGGGUAUUUAUAUCCCCAUGGUGACAUAGACACUGGUAGUGAACGCCUUCUUUCACCAAAACAUAGAGUGCGCCACAGAAAAAGAUAAUACAUUUCUUCAAGGAGUAGGAAAUACAACUGGAUGAUUAAAAGAUUUGAUUGAAUGAUCAAUUUGUUUAUUUAUUGUGAAAUGAAAACAAAUGGUAUAAAUUGUAUACAGUUGAAGGUGCUCAUCUUUAUUGUGACUUGCUUGUAUUUGUUUUUGUACUUGAAUAAAGUUAAUUU